GGGGGUAUUCGGAGAGAGGUUCGAAGAGGAAAACCAAAAGAAAAAGAAAAAAAAAAUCCCAAGAAGAAAAAAAAGGUUCGAAGAAGCUUCGGAACGAAACCAAUUCCACCUAAAAUCUCUCUAUAAAUAUUUGCUUCUGAUUAGAAAUUAGGAACCCUUUCUUGCAAAAUCGCCAAGUUCGAAUUUUCUCUUUCGGGUAUGCGAGUGGAAGAAGAAGAAGAUAACAUGGUGCCUCAAGGAAAUGAAGCAGACGGUGAAAUGGUACUCGAUACGGCGUCGUCUCAACAUCAGGAGGAGAAGCUCGUUAUUGGGUAUGCUUUGACGUCUAAGAAGAAGCAGAGUUUCUUGCAACCCAAGCUCGAAGUUCUUGCUAGGAAGAAAGGCAUAUCCUUUGUUUCCAUUGACCAGGACAAGCCUCUCUCUGACCAAGGCCCCUUUGAUGUCGUUUUGCAUAAGUUACUGGGAAAUGAGUGGCAUGAUGUUAUUCAGGACUACCAGCAAAAGCAUCCAGAAGUGACCGUGCUUGAUCCACCAGGUUCAAUCCAGCGUAUAUACAAUCGACAAUCUAUGCUCCAGGGUCUUGCUGAUUUGAAUCUUGCAGAAUGCGAUGGCAUGAUAUGUGUUCCAAAACAAAUGGUUGUGUUACAAGAUACAACAUCAAGUGCUAAUGAAGUUGCAAAAGCCGGUCUCAAGUUUCCACUAGUUGCAAAGCCACUUUUGGUCGAUGGAACUGCAAAGUCACAUCAGUUGUUCUUAGCCUACGAUUGUCUCUCGCUUGCAAAACUAGAGCCCCCUUUGGUUCUUCAAGAAUUUGUUAAUCAUGGUGGAGUUCUCUUCAAGGUUUUUGUUGUUGGUGAUGUGAUAAGGGUGGUCCGACGUUAUUCUCUGCCGAAUGUUAGUAAUGUUGAAAAAGAGAAAGUUGCUGGUGUGUUUCAAUUCCCGAGGGUAUCAUCUGCAGCGGCUUCAGUUGACAAAACAGACUUGGACCCUCGUGUUGCAGAGCUACCUCCAAAGCCAUUACUCGAAGGGCUUGUGAGAGAAUUACGAAGCCGAUUGGGACUCAGGUUGUUCAACAUAGACAUGAUCAGAGAACAUGGGAGCCAAGAUGUGUUUUAUGUCAUUGACAUCAACUAUUUUCCUGGGUAUGGAAAGAUGCCAGAUUACGAGCAGGUGUUCAUUGAUUUCUUCCUGGGACUGGCGCAAGCGAAGCAUGAGAAGGGACUGUGUGUGAAAAGUGGAAUAGAUAUGUGAAAGGAGGUUGAAAGUGAUAGAAACCGCUUGCCUUCUUCAAAUAUUUGUGUUGAGAUAUGAUAGCUAUGUACAGAAAAUAGCUCUUCCUUGUUACUAGCAGUAGCUGAUAAACAAGUUUUGAUUGGUGAUCACAUACAUCUGUGUUCUUUCUCUAUGUCUGAUACUGCAAAAUUGCCAUUCUCCUAUUAUCAACCACAUCACGUUGCUUUC